GGUCACAUACUUGCUUCGAGUUCGGCAAACGUGUCGAACGAAACUACCGUACAGCUGCAGAAUAUUAUCAAAAGGCUGCAGCACAAGGCCAUCUCAUGGCCCAAUAUACUCUUGCUUCUCGGCAAUCAAUGAACAACCAUCAACAUGAACGAACUCGCAUCUUGCUUCCUCACCGCCCAACAAGGUCACUUACCUAA